UAAAGAUAUUUUAUCUGAAUCAAUUUGGACCUUAGAAUCUGAGAACAAGACAAAGAAGAUACCAUUUUUUUUAUCUUGUUUAUGUAUAUAUAUAAAUCAGAAUUGUUAUUCAUAAUAUAGCUUUGAAGCGUUGAAACGCCAUGAUUGAGGUUAUGGCUAUGUCUGCAAAUGCAAAAUCAUGUCCAUGUUUUGGAUUGUUUUUAGAGGGUAAAUGUAGUCUGAAAAUGAAGAAAAACCAAGUGGGGAUGAGAAAACAUAAGAAUUCAAGAAAGAUUAGGAAAACAAUCGUUAAUGAACUUGGUGGGCAGUAUGAAGAGGUCUUUAAUGACGUUAAAUUGGAAUUAAGGAAUUGUUUCACAGCGAAAGCUGUUAGAACUGUUCUUUAUCAACUGUAUGAGAUGAAUCCUCCUCAAUAUAUCUGGCUACACAAUUUCAUUGCUGAAAAUGAUCCUGCAGAUGGGAAACGAUUUCUUCGGAUUCUUGCAAAGGAAUAUCAAGAUCUUGCUGAAAGAGUGAUGAUAACGCGUCUUCACCUAUAUGGAAAAUGGAUUAAGCAAUGCGAUCAUGGUGAAAUAUACAAAGAAAUUUCGGAUGAAAACUUGGAGUUGAUGAGGGAAAGACUCUUGGAAACAAUUGUUUGGCCUGCUGCUGAUGAAAAAACUACCGACUAA